UUUUUGAUGACGUAAAAAGAGGCUGUCGGCCUGUGGAUGGAAUUUGAAGCCCGGACUAUGAGCCCGGAACGAGUGUUACCCGAGGCCGAGGCCGAGGCCGAGGGGCAGGGCCACGGUAGCGGGUUGGGUCCGGCGGCGUGGAGCAGCGAGGAAGAGGAGGAGGACGAGGAGGAGGAGCUGGCAGGGUCUGUUCCUGAGGAAGAGCCCGGUCCCGUCGCCGGUUACCGGUACCUGCCCCUGGAGCAGGAACCCGGGGUCGCUCUCGGACAUCCCGAGCCCGACAUCGAGGAGCGGCUGCAGGAAUUGCGUCUUUACUUGCCCGAGGCACCAGUUGACAGCGAGGAGGACGAGCCUACAGAACAUGGCAGUCAGCAGUCUAUUCCCAUGGACCCAGAACAUGUGGAGUUGGUGAAGAGGACCAUGGCUGCAAUCAAAUUUCCCAGCUUAGGUGUUCCAGCUUGGGCCCAGGAAAUCUCGGAUGAGCAGUGGCAGUCUGUCGUCCGACAAACAAUAGAGAACAGGCGGUCAGUGGUGGCAGCCAAAGAGUAACCUAUGCCCAUCCCUACAUCACAACUGUGAAAGGGAAAUGGACUGUGCUGGGGGAAGUCAGGGCAGUGUACUGGCCUCGGGGCUGGUUGCAGUGUUUUCUGGCCUUUGAGACCCAAGGAGUUCUGUGAAGCUAUAUGGCUGAAUUUACUCCCGGGGGUUCUGAGGCAGAAAUGGCCUCAGGCCCCACCCUUUCAAGGGUAUUUAAUCCAAUUUCAUCAGCCCCCUGCCAUUAAAUUCAUGGAGGAGGGUUCAGUGGCACCAGUGCAUCAUGUUCAUUUUCUUUGGAGCAAGGUCUGCAUUUCUGUUGUGGAGACACCGCCAACAAUUAGCAAGAACACGGCCAAGGGCACACAACGAGGGAUUCACACUCUCUCAGUGCAUGCUCCUUGCAAGGUUAAAGGACAGCCACAAACUUCUUUAAGAGACCCAGUUUAUUUUUGUUCUGUACAUAGAUGAACAUCUGUACAAAAUGACAUUUCGAUACUAUGUAAUGCUCUACCUAAAAUAAAGUACAACAUAUGUACAAAUUAACUGUAAGCAGCUUAAUAGUGUCAGUGAGAAAGUUAAAGACAUUUCAUUUUGGGUAGCUCCCUGAGAGCAUCCCAGUAAGUUUACAUGAAAUGUAUUUACAGUUAGCUCCCUGCAUUUAACCAUGAAGUGCUUAUACUGUGAUUGACCCAGACCCUUUCAUGCCAUGGGCCAUUGCAACCCAAGCCAGCACUAUCCCCAGACUGCUCUUCUUGGCUGAGAGUAAUACUGCAGGCCCCCAGUAAUUCCCAGUGCUGGAAUUGGCAGGCUACCAGUAAACACCAACUUACAACUGCUAGACUUGUUUAGAACAGUACUUUUACAACAUUUAAAAGUCAGAGUAUUUUUUUCCAUUUACAAAGCUCUCUGGAUCAGCAAUGAAUGAUUAAUAGAUUUAUCACUGGGAGAUACUGAUACAGAAGUCCAUGUGAGAAAGAAUGGUAGAGUCGUACAUUAACCCUCGUGUUGCUGCCUGCGCUGGUAUCCCGAUCAUCAACAAAACCAGGGGCAGCAAACAGACACUACUACAUCUUGCUUCUAUUCCUCACUGGCAUUGUCCAAGCAAUGGAUAACCCAGCCCACACCAGCAAAAAUGUUUACUGGUUAGUAAUAUCACUGUGCGAUUCAUUUACAGUUUGGAGCUUCAGUGGAACAAUAGUGAGGAAAACGACCACUUUCAGCUCUUUGAAGUGUUGACUGCUGCUUAUUCUAAACCCACCACCACUAUUUCAGUAGCUAACCCUUGUCUCAGUGAUAAUAUACACUUCCUUAAUAAGUAGGCCAACAUAUAAUUCAUUGGCAUUUACCAAUGCUGUUGUUGAAAUGGCUAUUGGGAAUGUGGAAAUCUGAAAUAAAAACAGUAAAUGCCGCAAGCAUUCUGCAGUUAACUCUUCCCGACUUGAAUGCGGGAAACAGCUUUACUCUUUAGAAUCCUCCACAUCAGAAAGUUUAGUCAAGACCAGCUCUGCUAUCUGUACCCAGCAGGGAGGCUGUGCAACCAUUCUUCAGAUGGUAAUCAAGGUCAGCAAAUCCAGGAAUUGCUCCCAUACAUUUCAUCACUAACUGAUUAAUGGCACUGGUCCUGAUAGAAUUUACAACAUUAAUCAAAGUCUCUGAGUGGGCAGAACAGCAAAUUCCUAUGCUCAAUGCAAUUCCAAAGAAAGCCAGUCCUGCUGCACAGAAGUUAGUAAACAGUGUGAAAAAGGCAAAACUGGAAUUUUCCCCUACCAUACGGAAAGGAGAGCGCAGCACUGCAGACUCAACUUGAAAUGGUGUCAGGAAAAUCUUUCACAGACCAACAGUGGUCAACAUCUGGAACCAGUUCUUGACUAAAGCAGACCCCAGAAUUAUAUAAAAACUAUAUUCGUUGCAGCAAGCUGAAACAGUUUACAAACUGAUGUACAGUGUGACCAGGGUGGGGAGAAGCACCUCAGUGAAAUUGCUGCAGUAGGGUGGGGGUGAGGAAGAUUAGAAUUUAUUCUGUUAACCACAAAUGUCUGGAGCAAACUUCCAUACCAUACACUCCUCAUUGCCAUAAUACAAAAUGGAAUCAAACUCCACCCACAUUAAGGAAUUAAAACACAAGCAAAAAUCAGAUGCCAGUGCUCAAGACACAUUAUUACAGUAAAAAAUGAACCCCUAAAUUAAGCUAGGGACAUUGGUACUUAAAAAACCUGGACUGGGCAGAUAUCACAAAUAAUUGUAUUUGCAAAAAUGGCAGUGGCCAGAACUGCCAGCUCCCAGUUGUACCACUAUCGAGCAGAAUGUCCCAACUUAGCUUGCACUGUCCCAGGUUCCAUGCAUCCAACUUAGGAAUGAUCAAAAAGUCAUACAUCAGAGUAGGAGGGCUGUAUUGGGAGUUAUGAAGAGACUGGAGGAGAUGAGAGCUUUAUUUGUCUCCUAACUCUAUUACAACAUACAGUACAGAUGGACAACAUUGAACGAAAGGUGGCUGGACAAGACUAGACCUUUAUUUUACAUUAUGAGUCAGAGUCAAUUGAAUUAACUGACAAUCAGUCUUAGGAUUUGAAAUAUAUUGCUUCAAUUCCUACUGAACUUAAACUUUGGGUGAGGCGAGCAUCAUAAUAUGGGGCGGGACUGACCCCUUGCAGCUGUGGCAGCUUCCCCUGCAUAACUGGACUUGGAAGCUGAGGCACCUUGUGCCAGGUUCAUACAGAGGUGGGUAUACGAACAGUCUGAGUUCAGCCUAAUCAUAAAACAAUUCCAAUUAAAACAAGAUUCUUCAAUUUAUACAUCUCUA